GCUCUGCAGGCCUCUACAUGCUUCCCAGGAUGGAGAACACAAACAUACCUUCGGUGUUGGUGUCAUUUGAAGAUGUGGCUGUGGACUUUACCCAAGAAGAAUGGCAGAUUAUGGACAAUACUCAGCGGGCCCUGUACAGAGAGGUGAUGCUUGAGACCUAUAGCAACCUGCUGUCUGUGGGGUACUACAUGACAAAGCCUAAUGUCAUCUUCAAGUUUGAGCAAGAAUCAGCACCAUGGACAGUGGGAAAAGCUCUCAACCAGGGCCUUUCAGAUCCCUACAGAAAGAAUGAGCUGCUUGGCGCUAAUCAGAAAAGACAAGAAAUUAUCUUCAGGAAACAUGAAGAAAUGCCAUUGGGGGAAAACUCUGCUUCUAAUGUCCCUGAGAACAGCCUCCAGAGUGGGGAAAGUCUCACUCAGCAGGACAAGAUGCACAUUUGUCAGCAGUCUUUUGAACAUAAUGGGAAAGACAAAGCUUUCAGCGGAAAGAAAAUAUCCCCUAUAUGUGAGCAAGUUUAUACUAAAGUGCUGUGCAGUAAGCAACCUCUCAUUGUGGGAGACACAAUUCAGGUUGAAAAAAAAAUGCUACACAACAAUUCUUCUUUUGGCAAACAUCAGGAAGCACAAUCAAGAGAGAAACUCCAUGAGCAUUUCAAGAGUGAGAAAUUUCUUAUGUGUAAAACGGAUGUCAAAGUAAAUCACUAUGUGUGUGGCUACUGUAUGAAAUCUUUUAGCAGUAAAUCUUGCCUUACCACCACACAGAGCACUGACAGAGGUGAAGAUUUCUAUGUGUGCAAUGAAUGCAAAGAGAAUAUUUACCAGAAGUCAGAACUCAGAAGUGAUCAGAUCCUUCACACUGGAGAAAAGGCAUAUGAGUGCAAUAAGCUUGAGGAAGCCUGUGAUGACCAAUUAUCUUUCAAGAGACAUCAGAAAAUUCACACAGCGGGGAAACUGAUGUACAGAAAACCCUUCAAUAGCCAUUUUGGUCUCUUGAAUCAUCAGAGAUUCCACAGUGGGGAAAAACCUUAUGAAUGUUGCCAAUGUGGUAAAGCUUUUUCUUGUAAAUCACACCUCAUCAGGCAUCAGAGAAUCCACACAGGGGAAAAACUAUAUGAAUGUACCCAGUGUGGAAAAGCUUUUUCUCAGAAGGCACAACUAAUCAGGCAUCAGAGAAUUCACACAGGGGGAAAACUUUAUAAAUGUAGCGAGUGCGUAAAAGCCUUUACCAGCCACUCAAACCUCAUUAGACAUGAGAGAAUCCACACAGGGGAAAAACCUUAUGAAUGUAACCAGUGCGUAAAAGCCUUUACCAGCCACUCAAACCUCAUUAGACAUGAGAGAAUCCACACAGGGGAAAAACCUUAUGAAUGUAACCAGUGUGGAAAAGCCUAUACCAGACACUCAUAUCUCAUUGCACAUGAGAGAAUCCACACAGGGGAAAAAUCUUAUGAAUGUACUGAGUGUGAAAAAGCCUUUGUCAGCCAUUCAUAUCUCAUUCAGCAUCAGAGCAUCCACACAGGUGUAAAACUUUAUGAAUGUAGCCAGUGUAAAAAUGCCUUUACCUACCACUCAGAUCUAAUUAGACAUCAGAGAAUCCACACUGGAGCAAAACCUCAUGAAUGUAGUCAGUGUGGAAAAGCCUUUACACAACAUUCAAGUCUCAUUACACAUCAAAGAAUCCACACAGGGGAAAAACCUUAUGAAUGUAGCCAGUGUGGUAAAGCCUUUAGAGACAACUCAACUUUCAUUAGACAUCGGAGAAUCCACACUGGGGAAAAACCUUAUGAAUGUAGUCAGUGUGGAAAAGCCUUUACACAACAUUCAAGUCUCAUUACACAUCAAAGAAUCCACAUAGGGGAAAAACCUUAUGAAUGUAGCCAGUGCGGAAAAGCCUUUAGAGACAACUCAACUUUCAUUAGACAUCAGGAAAUGCACACUGGGGAAAAACAGAAAAAAACUUUCUCUGCCAAGUCAUAUUUAAUCAUACAUCAGAGAAUCCACACUGGGGUAAAACUUUACAAAUGCAGCUGCUUUGGAAAUUUCGUUACCUACAACUCAGGUCCCAUUACACAUCAGAGAAUCCACAUAGGGGAAAUGUUAUGAAUGUAGUGAGUGUGGAAGAUGCUUUUGCAGUCAAGUCUCUGCACAUCAGAAUUCACGUGGGAAAAACAUGAAUGUAGACUAUGCAGAAGCCUCUUAGAAGCUGCCAAUUUUCAUUAGACUCCGAUAAUACACACAGGGCAAAAACGUUAUUAAUAUAGUGUUUGGGAAACCUUUUAGUGUGUUAAAGAAUCCAUAUACGGUAAAGCCUUAAAAUGUGGUGAGUGUGGAAAAGCCUUUAACUCAAGCCAGGUCUUGUUUUACAUCAGCAAAUUCACAAAGAUGAAACAUAGUAAAUAUGGAAAAUCAUACACAGUAUAAAUUUAUGGACAAGUGUGAAAAGAUUCAUACACAAACACAUUUUGAGUGUAGUAGAAAGGAUCAGCAUAUGAAUAAUAACAUAUACACAGAAAAUAUAUAAUAUAACUUCAUUUACUA